AAUAAAGCAAAAGUAAUAAAGUUGGAGACCAAGCGCCAGAGCUGCGGCGCGCCACACUGGAAAGACAAGGGAAGGAAACAGUUUUAGUUUGUCGCUAUGGACCCUGUAAAGUUUUCCAAAAAGCUCUGGUGCGCGCGCAAACAGCUCAUCCUGGUACUUGUGCCGCUGCUGCUGCUCCCGCUGCUCUUCGUUGUGCCACCGAAGGAGGGCAAAUGUUUGUAUGUGGUACUGCUGAUGGCGGUGUACUGGUGCACCGAAGCACUUCCACUGGCGGUCACUGCUAUGCUUCCUGUGUGCCUCUUCCCAACCAUGGGAAUCCUGCCAUCCAAAAAGGUCUGUCCACAGUACUUCCUCGAGACAAACUUCCUGUUCCUGAGUGGUUUAGUGAUGGCGUCUGCUAUAGAGGAGUGGGGUCUCCAUCGCCGCAUAGCCCUCAAGGUGCUGAAGAUUGUAGGAGUGAAACCUGCAUGGCUAAUUUUAGGCAUGAUGAUCACUUCCUCUUUUCUGUCAAUGUGGCUGAGUAAUACAGCCACGACAGCAAUGAUGCUGCCCAUUGCUAACGCCAUACUGGAAAGCCUGUUUGGAAAUCUUGAGACUCUGAAAGAGAACUGCAAGACCAGGAGUGAUCCAGAGGGUGAGUCACAGGUGAAGAUGCAUGUGCUUCCUGAAAAACAGAUAUUGACUACAGAAGACAGACCCGACUGGACAGACAGAUCAGAGCAAAGGAACCAGGAAGAGGUCAGAAAAGAGGCAGAAUACCAGAUGAAAGUGUGGAAGGGAUUUUUGAUCUGCAUUCCUUAUGCUGCAAGCAUCGGAGGAACUGCAACCCUCACUGGCACAGCUCCUAACCUGAUCCUGGUGGGUCAGCUCAAGAGCUACUUCCCUGAAUGUGACCUCAUAAACUUCGGGUCAUGGUUUGUCUUCGCAUUCCCACUCAUGCUUCUCUUCCUCAUUCUGGGCUGGAUCUGGAUUGCUUUUCUCUAUGGGGGGCUCAAUACACGACUUUGUAUCAGUAAAAAUGACGAGCGGGCUGCAGCAGAAGCUAAAGCAAACGCUGUUAUUGAUGAAGACUACAAGAAACUGGGCCCGAUAAAAUUUGCAGAAGGAUCCAUCGCUUUCUUCUUUAUUAUUUUUGCCAUCCUACUCUUCACACGAGAUCCGAAAUUUGUGACCGGAUGGUCGGUUUUCUUCCCCAAAGGCUAUGUGUCUGAUGCUGUGACUGGAGUCAUCAUCAUCUCCAUCCUCUUUUUCUUCCCAUCUCAGCGUCCAUCUCUCCGCUGGUGGUUCGAUUCCAGAGCCUCCAAUACUCCAUAUGUGCCCCUGUUGUCAUGGAGAAAAGCUCAGGAGUGCGUGCCAUGGAAUAUCAUUUUGCUGCUGGGUGGUGGAUUUGCAAUGGCUAAAGGCUGUGAGGAGUCCGGCUUAGCAGUAUGGAUAGGAAACCACUUGCAGCCUCUGGCUCAGGUUCCACCUCCGGUCGCUGUGAUGCUCAUCACAGCCUUUAUUGCCUGCUUCACUGAAUUUGCCAGUAACACAGCCACCAUCAUCAUCUUCCUUCCAGUCAUCGCUGAACUAGCCAUCCGUGUGAAAGUGAACCCGCUGUAUUUCAUGAUCCCAGCAACAACUGGAUGCUCUUAUGCUUUCAUGCUUCCUGUGUCCACACCUCCAAACUCAAUCGCCUUCGCCUCCGGACACCUGAUGGUCAAAGACAUGGUAAAAACGGGGUUUGUGAUGAACAUCCUGGGGAUUCUGUGUGUGUCUCUGGCCAUGAACACAUGGGCUCUUCAUAUGUUCAAUCUUCACUUGUACCCUGAUUGGGCAAGACCUUUAAAUGCUUCAUUAGCAACGGUGGCUACACAUACUAUAGCGGCUAUGAAUAUGACUGGUUAGAGAGAUGGAUAUGACAUAUACAUUCAUAUACUGUAUAUUGUGGAUAUCAUGUGUAUAUAUGACUAAAACGAAAUGGAAAAUUGCUUAACUGAGGGAUUCCUGCUGUGGAUGGAGCAACACUAUUAUGACCUCACUUCCUGCUCAGCAUCGCCCUCUUGUGCUUUGAGGCCACUUCUGCAAUUUGGGGCUGGAAAUUAAAGAAUGUUUUAAACUUCACAGGUAUGCGAAAAAAAUAAGGACAAUUAUCAGAUUCUCUUGAUUUAUAGUUAUGCAUUUGAGUAAAAUGGUUUUGUUUUAUUCUGUUAAACUACUGAUUUAAAUUUACUCUAAAUUAUUGUAAUUUAAAGAUUAUUCUUUUGUAUUAAAUGAAAAGGUGCCAUGCCAUGUUUAUAUUCAUUUUAAAACAACAGAAUACAAAGUUUUAACUUCAGAAGUGUUAAGAAAUCUGUAUAUUGGUGGAAUAAGCCUAAUUUUCUAUCACAACAUAUGAAUCCAUUUGCUAUUCUGACCAAUCGUUAGUGACAUUUACAUGGACAUCAGUAAUCGAAUUAUUUGCCUUGAUCUGAAUAAGACAAUAAUAUGAUUAAGGUGUUUACAUGAGUUGCAUUUUUAAUGUUCAUUUAAUGAUCCCGUUUUACAUGUCAUAGCAUAUAAUUUGAUUAAUGUCAUUGCGUCACCACGCUAUCCACAUUUCCUCUGGAGUUUCAUGUAAUUUCGGGUGAUUCAUUUUUAAUUUGUUGACUUUAACUGCAGUUUGCCACUUUCAUUUUCAUUCAGGAGCAUUUCUUGCUUGCCCCUUUGACGAACGAGAUAUUGGAUGCGAGUAUGAACUUAUGGAAGAGUGUUGUUUUAAUGGAAUUUGAUACCACACACAGUAUGGGUUAGAAAAAAACCUCUACAUUUUGUGUUGCAGCUGUCUGUGGUCCUUCACUGACUCAGUAGGUGCAGAGAAUAGUGUCAAACAGCCGUGUGUGUAUGGACUAUCCUGUCGCAAAAUGUGGCGAAAACCCUACACUAUGGUAAUAGUUUUAUUGCAGUGUUUACAUGUCUGUACUGCACUUCAUUAAUGUGACUAAAUCAUCAUCCACAUGUCUUAAUUCAACUUCUGUUUAGUUUGAUUAUGACUUUAGUCGGAUUAAAGCAAUCAAAAAUCACUGUUUACAUAGUAGACUCUUAAUCAGAGUAUUGUCUUAAUCGUAUUAAAAUCGGAUUAUUGGUGUCCAUGUAAACAUACUCACUUUCUGAAAAUAAAAGUGCUACAAACGGCCAUGUUUUUGUUUCAAAUUUGGAAAAUUCAUCAGACCUUUAACAAAAUAAAACAAAUAAAAAUUUUACUCAAACCUAAUCCAUUAAAUCUGUCAAUUCAAGUGCUCUUUGAUUAGUUUUUUCCAAAGCUGUAUAUAUAAUAUUUAUAUACAGUUGAAGUCAGAAUUAUUAGACCCCCUGAAUUAUUAGCCCCGUUAAUUUUUUUCCCCAAUUCAACUCUCUGUUC